ACAAAUCCACCAACAUAACAUUCUCAACCCUCCUCUCUCUCUCUCACUUAGAUCCCCCAAAAAAAUAAAAACAAAAAUAAAAAAUAAAGAAAAAUGCAGCAGCACACACAACUCAGCCUUGUGACUCCUCUCUCUCUGUUCUUUAUCUUCUUCUCAUCUCUCAAUCCUAUGCAGGUUGCUCUCGCCGCCAAUGGUGGCAGCUCCGGCGCGGCCGAAAACCCAUUUUCGCCAAAGGCGUAUCUGGUUCGUUACUGGAGUAAGGAGGUCCGAAACGACGCAGAGAAGCCGUCGUUUUUGCUCUCCAAGGCUUCCCCAUUGAACGCGGUGGACUCGGCGGCUUUCGUUAAGUUAGCGGCUCAGAACAGCCUCUCGACUCGGCUGCCUGAGUUCUGCUCCGCAGCCAAUCUCCUCUGCUUCCCCGAUUUGGCACCGAGCCUCGAAAAGCACGACAAGAACGCGAAUUUCGCGGUCUACACAAACAAAAACUUCACCAAUUACGGCACGGAUCGGCUCGCUGGAGUCGACUCGUUCAAAAACUACUCGAUCGGCGAGAACCUCCCAGUCGACUCUUUCCGGCGGUACAGCCGCGACUCAGUCAACCACAAGGACCAGUUCGCCAGCUACGCCAACGACGGGAACGUGGUGGACCAGAGCUUCAACAGCUAUGCCGGUGGAUCCACCGGCGGCGCCGGCGACUUCAAGAAGUACGCCGACUCGGUAAACGUUCCCCACCUCGGAUUCAACUCGUACUCGGACGAUUCAAACGGGCGGUCCCACGGGUUCACGGGCUACAGUGAGAAUGCCAACGCUGGCGACCAAUCGUUCUCUAGCUACUCCAAAAAUGCCAAUGGGGCCACGAACGAGUUCACGGGCUACGGUACUAACGCCAAUGUCGUCGGGUCCGGGUUCACAGGUUACGGCCAAUCCGGUAACGGAGCAAACGACAAGUUCAAUAAUUACGGAAACGAGCAGAACAAUCCGACUAACAAUUUCCGGAGCUACGGCGACGGAGGCAAUGCCGGAGUCGAGACAUUCACCAGCUACAGAGACAGAGCCAAUGUCGGCGACGAUUCGUUUCAAUCGUACGCCAAGAACUCCAACGGCCAGAAGAUGGAUUUCACGAAUUACGGCAAGUCGUUCAAUGUUGGGUCCGAUAAAUUCACCGGGUACGGGCAGGGCGCGAAGGGGCAGGAAAUCGGGUUCAAGAUCUACGGCGCGAACACGACUUUCAAAGACUACGCCAAGAAGGAGACCGUAAGUUUCAAAAGCUACACCAAGGCCGGCGCCAGCUCUGAAAAGGUGGCUGCGACAAUGGCGGCGGCUAGUGGCAGUUUGGUAAAAAAAUGGGUGGAGCCGGGCAAAUUCUUCCGGGAGUCGAUGCUCAAGAAGGGGGUCGUGAUGCCAAUGCCCGAUAUUCAAGAUAAAAUGCCCAAAAGGUCGUUUUUGCCCCGGACAAUUCUCUCCAAACUACCAUUUGCCACUUCCAAAAUCGCGGCCCUCAAGCAAAUCUUCCACGCGGCGGAUAACUCCACGAUGGAGAAGAUCAUCGUCGACGCCCUCCAGGAGUGCGAGCGGGCCCCCAGCGCCGGCGAGACCAAGCGCUGCGUUGGGUCCGCCGAGGACAUGAUCGACUUCGCCACCACCGUCCUCGGCCGAAACGUCGUUGUUCGGAGCACCGAGAACGUCAAUGGGGCGAAGCACGACGUGAUGAUCGGAUCGGUGAAGGGAAUCAACGGCGGGAAAGUCACGCAGUCCGUGUCGUGCCACCAGAGCCUGUUCCCGUACCUACUCUACUACUGCCACUCUGUUCCUAAAGUUCGGGUUUACGAAGCGGAUCUUUUGGACCCGGUUUCGAAGGCCAAGAUCAACCACGGUGUUGCCAUCUGUCACUUGGACACGUCUGCUUGGAGUCCGACUCAUGGGUCGUUUAUGGCUUUGGGCUCGGGUCCGGGUCAGAUCGAGGUCUGCCACUGGAUCUUCCAAAAUGAUAUGACCUGGACUAUUGCCGACUGACAGUGAUGAUGACGUGGAAGGUUAGCCCGUUUGGUUAAUUUGGGUUCGAACCUGUGGCUAAGAAAGGUUAGCCCCAUCGCUCGAACUCGAGUUAGUUUUUCAUUUUUAAUUAACUAUAUUAAGUAUGUAAUAUUUUUUUUCCUUUUUGGUUUUUUUACAUUCGGAAUAUGUCUUAAUUAUGAUAUAUGAUCCUUGGUAAAUUGUAUGUGUUGCUUCCCCAAUAAUUGGAAGCCCAAAUCAAUGGAGCAAUGAAUUUCAGCUA